UGUGCAGGUGAUGCAGAUGAAGCUGCACAUCGUGGCUCUCAUAGCUCAGAGAGGACAGUUUUCAAAGACCUCAGCCUCUGUGGUUUUGGACGGCUUGGUGGACAAGGUUGGAGAUGUCAAAUGUGGUGGAAACGCCAAAGAGGGACUGACUGCUAUUGGGGUGGCAUGCUCACUGCCUUGGACUGCAGAACAGGUUGUGUCUAUGGCAUUUGCACAAAAGAAUCCUAAAAACCAAGCGGAGACUCUCAACUGGCUGGCUAAUGCCAUGAAGGAGUUUGGCUUUGCUGGUAUCAAUGUGAAGGGCUUCAUCAACAACGUGAAGACGGCUCUGGGAGCGACUAACCCUGCAGUGCGGACGGCUGCCAUCACCCUGCUGGGAGUCAUGUACCUGUACAUGGGUGCUCCUCUUCGCAUGUUCUUUGAAGAUGAGAAGCCUGCUCUCCUGUCACAGAUAGACGUCCAGUUUGAAAAGAUGCAGGGCCAGUCUCCACCAGCUCCCAUCAGAUUCACCAAGAAGUCAGCGGAAGACGAGGAGGGUGAUGAAGCAGAGGAGCAGGAAGAAGAUGUUGGAGGAGGAGGAGGAGGAGGAAUGGACAUCAUGGACCUGCUGCCCAGAACAGAUAUCUGUGAGAAAAUCACAUCUGAUCUGGUGUCUAAAAUUGGUGAUAAGAACUGGAAGAUCAGGAAGGAGGGUCUGGAUGAGACUGCAGCCAUCAUCUCAGAGGCCAAGUUCAUCACCACAAACAUCGGAGACCUGCCACUUGCCUUGAAAGCACGACUCAGUGAUUCCAACAAAAUCCUGGUGCAGCAGACCCUGACUAUCCUCCAGCAGCUGGCUGCAGCCAUGGGACCGGGACUCAAGCAGCAUGUCAAAACACUGGGAAUGCCUAUUAUCACUGUACUUGGGGACAGCAAGGUAUUGUGCACAUUCACUCAAAUCAGAUGGACACUCACCACCCACAGUAACACACCU